AUGUCUUGUAUUUUAUGUUCCUUUUUUAUCUUUCUUAUUUCCGUGCCCUUGAUUCAAACUGCGUCGCAGAGUCUAUAUUUAUCUUCCACUUCCGGUUCAUAUCAGAAAGAAUAUACGGCUCCAAAAGCAACAGAGUCCAUUGCUUCGAAUUCAUCGGCGUUGGUUAGCCCGACAUCGUCUUACGCCUUUGAAUAUACGUCAUUUAUGCCAAACUUAUCCAAUGUCCUUCCAGAUCUAAUAGCUCAAAGGCAACCAGCAUAUAGCCAUUUUCCAAAUGCAUCGCUUAUGUUCCUUCCCACACGCCCAGAGGAUAUUUUUCGGGUUUCAGCCUUUUGUAAAGGCAGAUCCGCAGGCUCUUACUGUUAUUUUGCGCCAAACGCGACUAGCUGCUGGUCUGGAACGAUUGUUGACUGCCCUUCUGGAAUUCUGUCCUACUGCAAAGUGGGUUAUGUGUGCACUGUGGGAAGGAAUCGAUCAGCCUCUCUGCCCUCUCAGGCUGCCGCCGCUAGUUGCAUUGCUCCACCUCCACAGCGCAUGAUUUCGGUUUCUACUGUUAAGCCGCCAAUUCUGCUUCUUGAUGGUCUGAUAACCAUGUGCAGCAACCCAGUUGAGCUUCCUGUUAUAGCUACGCGCAUCGUCAAAUGCACUUAUUUUCGGAAGGAACCAAACGCAACCUCGACCCCAACACCUUCUACUUCCACGUGCUCUGGCUCGACCCCAACACCUUCUACCUCCACAUGCUCUGGCUCAAUCUCCACACCGUAUACUACCACAUGCUCUGGCUCAACCCCAAACACAUCUACCCAAUUUAGCCAAUCGGGUUCGUCCUCCCUCUCCUCAGUGCAGACGUCAAGUACGACGGCAAUUCUGCCAUUUGUCGCUUCCUCCUCGCAUUCUGAGCCAUAA